AUGGAUGUGGAGGAGCCCCCAGAUGGGGGCGGCGAUUCUUCUGAGGAGGUGCGUAAGGGCAUCAAACGUCCUAAGGAUACAUCAGGGGAGACUCCGCCUAAACGGGCUGGCGUACCUCCUGCGGCCUCAAUCCAACAUACUUUUACCCACCCAGAUUUUGAUCAUGGGUCAAAAUUAAAGUUCAGUGAACACGAUGCUGCCCCAUUUAUAGUCCACGUAUCUCGAGUUGAAGAGGAUCCCUCAGCUGGUCUGACCAUAAGGCUGCUUAAAUUUGCGCAAUUUCUAUAUAAAAAAUCCGUUCAAGGAAUUGCUAAGGAUGGAAUCAGGUCCGCCGGUCGCAACCGAGUCGUUGUUCAAUUUGUUGAUGCCAAAUCCGCCAAUGAUUUUUUAGACAAUUCAUUGCUCUCCGAGAAUAAGUAUAAAGCAGUAAUUCCGUCAUACCACAUUACCCGCAUGGGUAUAGUGAGGAACAUUCCUAUUGAUUGGACCCUGGAAGAGCUUGUACUUGCCCUGGAAUGCCCACCUGGUUGCCGGGUUGUUAAAGCGCGACGUUUGAAUCGGAAGUCCGUGAAGGAUGGACAAACAGAGUGGGUCCCGACCCAAACAGUUGUUCUAACAUUCCUUUCGCAAACCCUCCCAGAGAGAGUAUUUUGUUUCUACACCUCCCUGCCUGUAGGUAUAUAUACUUUGCCUACUAUCCAGUGCAACAAUUGCUGCCGGUUUGGGCACAUAAAGUCUCAGUGUCGAUCAAAACCUAAAUGCUUUAGGUGUACCCAGCCACACCCUGGAGAAUCUUGCACAGUCCCAGACGAAAAAAUUUCUUGUUUGUUUUGCUCUGGUUCUCAUCUUGCUACAUAUGCAAAUUGUCCCGAACACUUGCGACAGAAGUCUAUAAAAUUAGUUAUGUCCGAGGAAAGUAUUCCUUACUCAGAAGCCUCUCUUCGUUUCCGUCCGGUUCGUCGCACUUUUCGCGACACUGCUGCUGCAGAAUCCACUCCUCCUCGCCCUCCUAUGAGCCCCUUGUCUCCUACUUAUCACGCCAUUGAAUCCCCUCCCUCCACUCCAAGAUCAACUACAUACAGGAAAACUGUGGUCCGCAACCGCUGGUCCCCGGCUCCUGUAAUUAACGGGUAUAAUAAAGAAUUUCAUUCCCAAGCUACAGCCACCCCAAAGUCCAGUCAGCCUAAUGGCUGUGCACUUAUCAACUCGAAUCCAGAAGUUUCCUUCACUGACGACGACAUUGAAUUAAUGUGUAAAUCAUUAAUUCACAUUCUUUCUAGAAAGGUCAAUCAUUUACCGAACAAUAUCGCAGUAAUGUUGCAACACUUAAGAACUCUCUUACCCUCUAUUUCUUCCACUCAAAAUGGCCACUCUUCUGCAGUGGAACAGCAAGAGCAUUAAUCAUAAGAAACAUGAAAUUAUCAGUUUAAUAAACUCUUUUAAGCCUUCAAUUCUAGCCAUCUCGGAGACAUGGUUGAAGCCGGGUUCUCGUUUUAGACUUCCAGGCUACUCAUGUCUCAGAGAUGAUUGUGACAAUGGGAAGGAUGGUUGUGCUCUCAUUGUCAAAUCUUGUGUCACGUAUUCCCUUAUUUCUCUUCCUCCUCAUUCACCCUCUUUUAAUAUUGUUGCUGUAAGAGCUUUGAAUGUUUCUUUUGUCUCUGUAUAUGUUCCCUAUGCUAGAUCUCCUAUUUUCAAAGAAAUUGAUUCAAUUCUUUCCAACUUGCCCCCUCCCCUGGUUGUGGUGGGAGACUUUAACUCUCAUCAUACAAUGUGGGGUUCUAGAUCCUGUGACUCAUUAAGUUUUUCUCUUCUCGACGUGAUGGACAAUAAUGACCUAUGUCUUCUCAAUGAUGGGUCUCCGACUAGGAGAACUUCCCCUCUUCAGAACCCAAGUUGUGUUGACUUGUCCUUUGCAUCCCCUUCUCUUGUUCCUGGAACUUCUUGGAGAAUCCUUUCUUGUUCUCAUGGUAGUGAUCAUCUUCCAAUCAUUAUUUCUUUCCCUCAUUGUGUCUCUAUAUCUCCCUCUCCUGUGCCUCCUCUCCUAAAGUACCGCCUUUCGAAGGCAAAUUGGCCAGAAUUCUUGUCCUCUGUUAAACUUGGCACGGAUUUGAUGCCAGAAGUAUCAGAACUAAAUUAUAUCCAGCUCUAUUUUGAUUUUAUUAAUAUAUUACUUACUAGUGCUAAUUCCUCAGUCCCUAUUAAGAAAGCUCCAAAAGAUUAUCUCCCCUCUCCACCCUGGUGGGAUUCAGAUUGCACAGAACUUAUCAUAAAACGGGAUGAAUCUGAGGAGUUAUUCUUAAAUCAACCGUCUUACGAAAAUUAUAUGUCUUUACAAAGAGCUAAUGCUAUAACUAAGAGAGAGUUCUCGCGAAAAAAACAUGGGGGAUGGAGAAGCUUUUGUGAAGGCUUAUCUCCGCGAUCUCCUCUUUCCUUGGUUUGGAGAAAUAUGAACAAAUUCCGUGGUUCUUUUUCUAAUCAUUCUCCCUCCUCCAACGACUGCUCUUCUUGGUUGGAUGACUUUUUAGACCAUUUAGCUCCCUCAUAUGUACCUUCAGAAGACUCUUUUCCAUGUUUUGCUUCUAUCUCUUCUUCUGAUCCCUUGGAUAAUCCUUUCUCUUUUUCUGAACUUUCUUCUGUAUUAAAACACCUUUCUGAUUCUACCCCUGGUGUGGAUGGUAUUCCAUACUCUUUCAUUAUUAAAAUAUCUGACUCUUCUAAAAAAGUUCUUCUUUCAAUUUUUAAUAAAAUUUUCGAGACAGGAAUUAUUCCUGAUACUUGGAAGCAACAAAUUAUUGUGCCAAUUUUAAAGCCUGGCAAGGAUCCCAAGGUUGGUUCAUCAUAUAGACCUAUCGCUCUGUCUUCCGUGCUCUCAAAGAUCAUGGAACAUCUCGUCAAAAACAGGUUAGAAUGGAUAUUAGAAAAUAGAGGUAUUUUAUCUAAAACACAAUUCGGUUUCCGUAGGGGAUCUGGAACUCUGGACAAUCUGAGUAUCUUUUCGACCGAGGUUCAUUUAGCCUUUUCUAGAGGACAGCACCUAGUUGGUGUUUUUUUGGACAUUUCAUCAGCCUACGACAACGUUCUUCUCCCGCUACUCAGGCAAAAAAUGCUCAAUCUGAGUAUUCCAGCGAGGAUGGUGAACUUUAUUUGCAAUCUUUUCAUGGCCCGUUCCAUUUUUGUCCGCAUCCAAGGUGAACUGUUACCCUCUAGAACUGUUUGGAAGGGUUUGCCUCAGGGUUCAGUCCUGAGCCCUAUAUUGUACAGUUUAUAUACAUCUGACUUGGACAAAUCAGUGGACUGUUUUUGUAGCAUACUUCAAUAUGCAGAUGAUAUAGCCCUCUAUUAUGCUUCGGAUAACAUUUCAGAAUGUUCGGUUCGCUUAAAUGCUGCCAUCCGCUAUCUCAAUGAAUGGCUUUCAUUACAUGGCCUUACUCUUUCAGCAUCUAAGAGCUCUGUUGUGGUGUUUUCAAGAAAGAGAGAUAUUCCUUUUAUUGAUAUUGUUCUGGAGGAAGAAAGCAUUCCUGUCUCAGAUAAUGUUAAAUUUCUGGGCUUAUAUUUUGACUCCCGGCUUUCUGGUGUCGAACAUCUAAAUUAUAUUAAAAAUAAAUGCGAGAAAGGUGUAAAUAUUCUUCGGGCCCUUUCUGGAGUCUGGUGGGGAUCUCACCCAUAUACCCAGAAAUUGUUAUAUAAUGCUGUAAUACGCAGUCACUUUGAUUAUAGUUCUUUCUUACUUGAACCUUGUAAUAAGAAAGCCCUUGCUUGUUGGGAUAAGAUUCAAGCCAAGUGCCUACGAAUUAUUUCCGGAGCGAUGAAAUCCUCUCCUAUCAAUGCCCUUCAGGUAGAGUGUCUUGACCCUCCACUGCUUCUCCGUAGACAGUACUUAUGUGACAGAUUCUUCUUCAAAAUUGCCCAAAAUUCUUCCCAUCCUCUAAUUUCUUGUCUCACACAACUAUCUAAUCUUAUUUGCUCUUCCAGGUAUUGGUCUCAUAAACAAUCUCCAUGUCUGUAUAAUAGUUUUAAAAAAUUUAAUGAAGGUCCAAAAAUGUUCCAAUCUUCCUCCAACCCCAUGUUUGGUUUUGAUUAUGAGGCUUUAAUCUUUCAACCUCAAAUCAUUCUGAACAUUGGUAUUGUCAAGGGAGACCCUGCUGCAAAUGUACAGUUUAAUAAAAUUGUAGAGGAUAAAUGGAAAGGGUGGCUUACAAUAUUCACCGAUGCUUCUAAGGAGUCUGAAGAAGAAUGUGUAGGCUCAGCAGUAUGGGUCCCUCAGUGGAAAUCCUAUUUAAGCAUUAAAUCCCCACCAAAAACUUCCGUAUUCACCGGUGAAGCAAUUGCGAUUUAUGAAGCAGUAGUCAUGGUUAAAUCUCAUCAGCUCAAUCGAACUGUUAUCUUUUCCGAUUCUCGUAGUUGCCUUGAGGACAUUAUGAAAUUUCCAUUCCGUUCAAAAGAAUUACUUCCAAUUAAUUUGAAAACUCGUGAAGCAUUAUACAAUUGUCAUGCACUAGGUAUUGAAGUGGUCCUUGUUUGGAUACCUGGGCACUCUGGGAUAAAAGGGAAUGAACAGGCGGAUUUAUGUGCCAAGUGGGCCAUUCGCUCCAGCGGUUACACAACCGAUCAUUUGGCCUAAACUUCUGGAGCUCCUGUACACUGAAAAUGUGUAUUUCCCAACCCUGACGCUGGCAAAAUUGUCCCUGUUGACAGAAGCCAUUUAGGAGAGAAAAAAAAAAAAAAAAAAAAUCUA